AUGCCUAGGUGCAAAGAGCAGCAGCAGCAGGAGCUGCAGCAGCAACAACCGUUGCAGCAGCAGCAGCCGCACGAGGUCCGUCUCGAGGCCCAAUGGUUUGACCAGCCACUCGACCACUUCGAUCCUCUCGUGAGGGCAGAAGGCCGCAUAUGGAAGCAGCGCUACUUCCAACUCUUACACUCAGAGCGUCAGCAGCAGGAGCAGCAGCAGCAGGAGCAGCAGCAGCAGGAGCAGCAGCAGCAGGAGCAUCAACAGCAGCAGCAGGCCGUGCAGGGAGAUGUGCCACCAAUGUUUGCAUUAGCUGAUUUAGCGUCAUUUAUAGAAAAAAAACGUCAAGAAAGAGCAAAGGCAAAUAAUAUAAAUCCUAAAGAAAUACCCGUUAUUGUCUUUGGCUGUUCUUAUCCAGGAGCUUUAGCAGCAUUUGCUCGACUAAAAUAUCCUUUUUUAAUAACAGGAGCAAUUAGUUCUUCUUCUCCUGUUGAGGCAAAAGAAAACUUUUCUUCUUAUGAUUUAGCUGUUAAGGAGGGUUUACCUCCUUCUUGUGCUGCUGCUGCUGCUGCUGCUCUUGCUGCACUUAAUCAAAGGGUUUAUCAAGAAACAACCGCACAAAAAGAGCUUGAGAGGUUUGGAUGCGAAGAUGUGUCUAUACAAACAAACACCGAGAAAGUUGCAUUUGUAUACUCCGUUGUUGAUGCCGUGGCGGAAGCUGUACAAUACAACCGCCCCAUAGAACGCCCCCUUAUAGAACAGCUCUGCAGCUAUUUGGAGGCAAAUAAAGAGGCCGCAGCAGCAAGCAGCAGCAGCAACAGCAGCAGCAACAACAGCAGCAACAGCAGCAGCAACAGCAAUGGCAAUAAACAAGAUAGCGAGGGUUUUCUUGAUCAUAUUAUAAAAGAAACAGAAAAAGGAGACAAAAAGGAGACAAAAAAAGGAUCAGCAGAGAUAAUGGUGGAGAAUAUGUGGGGAGAAGAAAACACUACCCGGGAUCGGGAUCGGGAUCGUGUCUGGGGUCGGGAUCGUGCCGGGGAUCGGGAUCGGGAUGGGGAUCGAGAUGGGGACCGGGAUCGUGAUGGGGAUCGAGAUGGGGACCGGGAUCGUGAUGGGCAUCGAGAGGGGGAUCGUGAUGGGCAUCGAGAGGGGGAUCGUGCCGGGGAUCGGGAUCGGGAUCGUGCCGGGGAUCGGGAUCGGGAUCGGGAUCGUGAGGAUCGGUUGCUCGAAGAUAAUUCGGAUCUAUCGAACACGAGAUUGUGGAUGUGGCAAAGUUGUUCACAAUUCGGGUUUUGGCAGGUACCCUAA